ACGAGGGGGGCGUUCCUAUCGGCUUCAUUCUCCACUGCUGUGCUGGACCACAACAAACAGCGACGACAUCGAAUGUUAAGCAAGUAAAACAAAUAACAGACGGCUGCAAAUAUGGGCAAGUUCCAUUCUCACAUGGCUAACCCCAAAGACGAAAGUCAGGACGCGCUGACAGCUUCUGACGGGGAUGAGGAUGGAAAGAAUGGAGACGUUUCUCAGUUCCCCUACGUGGAGUUUACUGGACGGGACAGCGUGACAUGUCCGACAUGUCAGGGCACCGGCCGUAUACCACGAGGUCAAGAGAAUCAGCUUGUGGCUCUGAUUCCCUACAGCGACCAAAGGCUCAGGCCGAGCAGGACAAAGCAGUAUGUCACGAUAUCAGUGGUCCUCUGCCUGCUGCUGUCAGGCCUCGCUGUUUUCUUCCUAUUCCCUCGCUCUAUUGAUGUCUCCUAUGUGGGAGUGAAGUCCGCCUACGUCUCCUAUGACCUGGACAAACGCAUCGUUUAUCUCAACAUCACAAGCACCCUGAACAUCACCAAUAAUAACUACUACACCAUAUCUGUGACCAACAUCACAGCCCAAGUGCAGUUCUCCAAGACGGUGAUCGGCAAGGCCAAGUUGAACAACAGCUCAAUGAUCAUACCACUGGAUGAGCGGCAGAUUGACUACACAGUUCCCACCACCAUUGCCGAUGAGAUGAGUUACAUGUUUGACUACUGCACCUUGCCAACCAUCAAAGUUCACAACAUUGUGGUCAUGAUGCAGGUGACGGUGACGACUUCGUACUUCGGCCACACGGAGCAGGUCUCCCAGGAGAUGUACCAGUACGUGGACUGUGGGGGGAACACCACCUCCCUGCAUGGUCAUGUUCAGGUCUACCAAUAAAAAGAAACAGAAGGAGCCCAAGCAUUAAAACACUGCUGUGGCUGAGGGUCUAACAGAUAAACGGGCUGACUUCCGCGAGGCAAAUCCUUGCACAAUGACAAUGAAAUAAUGCAUAGGGACAUAACUUUUAUUAAACUAGUCAGUGGCUCAUCCAUUCUUACGAUUCCCAAACACUUGCACGAGCUUCUUUGGGUUGAAACUUGUCAAACAGGCUGUUAAAAGUAGAGAAGACAUAUUUUGCAUUACUUGCCUCAAGGUUUGUUGUCAUUUUUCACCCAGGUGCCAACAAAAUAAGUUAUGUAAUUUAAUAUUCACAUAAAUGGCUAACAUUCCCAUCAUGUUUUCACUGUGAUUCCUGAACAAUUACAUUUCAGAAAGCAUUAGUUUCAGAUAUGAUGCACUUUAACGAGCGAUGCACCAAUCAUUCGGCCGAAACCAAAGUCAUUUUUUUUUUUUUUUUGCUUUUGAAAUGUACAAACAUGCCGCAUAAUGGUUAGGUUAUGGUCACACACACACACACUCACAUCAUAUCGUCAUUAUUUAUGGUAAUGACAUAAAGUGUGUUAUUAUACAGAUAUGCUUGGCCUGUAACUGGGCACAGUUUUGGAGAAAAUGUUAGUUAAUGGUAAAAAGAUGUAUUGUAAACAUUAAAUUCAACUUUUAUUAUCAGGAAAGUUACAAAGCUGUUUGUGUAACUUAUAGUUCUUGAUAGAAAGGAAAUCUAAACCAACAGGUCAGACUGGAAAAAUAAUUGACAUCGGCCAAAAAUGUGCAGUUGGUGCAUCUCUAACUUUAACCUGGUCCAUAUCUAUAGAUAUGAAUGAAUGUAGAAUGAGUAUCACCUACUACUCUAUACCACUUUUAAUGAAAAAUACAACCAAGGUUCAAGAGUGGAACAAAAAUGUGCUGUUUCUCUUGUUGCUGUCACUUUCUCUUUUUUUAUUAUGCUUUAUAGAAAUAUGAUUCUUUAUUUGUGUAGCUCUAAAUAAAUAGAUGAUGUUUUAUAUUGUAUCAGUUGUUAUUUUUGCUCAGAGUUCUUUAGCUUGGGUAUAGGUAGUGUAGCAUUCACCUGAGUGAUUUAAAAGCAAAUGUGACUACUAUGAAGACUGCUACAUAUUGUUACAAGGUAACAAGAUAACUUUGUAAAAGGGAUUUAUAAAAAAGGUAAUUUAUAGCUAAUGUGAAGCAUUAAAGUGGUCUAUAAACAUGCUGAACUGUGUAAAUGUAAAAUAUGUCACAUCUGUCUUGCUUCCUAACAUGCUUUAUCUGGAUUCAUUGCAAUCUCUUCCCUUUCAUUGUGGUUUUUAUUUUUGUGGGCUAUGUUGUAAUUUGCAAUAAUUUGUUUAAUAUUCUAACACACUUUAACUUGUAUCAUGAGUGGACUGGUUUUCUUUGGUUUCUUUUAGUCAAAUGUUAUCAUUUUGUGUUGACAUUUAAAAAAAACUCAAUGUGAAGUAUCUAAAGGUUUUUGAUUAUACAGUCAUUCAUUUAUGAUCGGACAGAUAUGAUAAAAUGCCAUAAUGCAAGUUUUUCUAACUAUUACUACAAUUUCUAGACUCAUAAGAAAUCUGUAAUCACCCAUCCCUUCUUUAUAUUUGAUGAGAUAGUGUAUAUUUGAAAACCUCUACACAGGGGUUUUGUGUUUUUCAUGCAUUAAAACAAAAAUAAAAUCAUGCCUCAUUUUAAAA